GCAACACCCUUCUCGCCACCAACACUAGAGGUCAGAAGCAGAGGCAUCAAAGGCUAGGCCGACGCUUUGAUCGGCCAAGUCACGUGUGGGGUCAGAUGACCGCGUGGCGACCGUCGAAAAUUUGCACGCGUCGAACUCACGCCAUAUCAGUGCAUGGUCGUCGACGCGCUUGCUCAAGCUCUUAGCUUAACCAGAUCCACCGGCCUGCGCCCAAUCCAACACAGCGUCAGCCAGGCAGUACCUAGGUAUGCACAUAGUGGGCAUCGGAUCCCACAUGUGCGCUGUUUUCUUAACGGCGCAAUGGCGGUUGUAAUGCGAGGAUGGUCCAAGACCGCAUCAACAGCACUCAAGUUGGCAACAGCCGAGAAAAUACUCGGUUAUCAAUUCAAGGAUGUCGACAAAUUAUACGAAGCUCUGGACCAAGAGAAACGGGACAUACUUCUGCCAAGUGGAAAAGCGCGCGGGAGACCAAGGAACUCUCGCCUUGCCUUGGUAGGAGAUGCUCUGGGCACACUCCAUCUGGCUCGCAAUUGGUACGACAAGGCCAAUUUGGGCGGCGUCGAGUGGUCGGAAAUUCAACUUCAGACUCUUUCAAACGAACGCCUUGCUGAAAUCGGUUUCAAAUUGGGUCUCGACGAGUGUGCAAUCUCGAAGGAUAUCGUGAAGUCAUACGAUAUGGCUACCACACUUGAAGCUCUCAUCGCUGCCGUGGACGUGGACGGCGCCAGUGAAGCGCAGGUCCAAAGGAUCUACACUCGGUUUGGAAUCAAGCACCGGCUCCUCGAGCCUGCGGAACGGUCGUGGAUCUGGAGAAUCGUCAAGUCCCAGAUGAUCCUCCCAGACAAAUUUUUUAUUGGUCAUCACUUCGAACUCCUGGAGGGUAUUCUUGAAACCCAAUUGAAGCACUCCCAUUCGAAGCGCUCCCAUUCGAAGCGCUUACCUGCCCGGAAGAAGCAGGAUACCUGGCUUUGGGGUCAUGCUAAACGGCUGUGGACACGUACGAAACGGCUGUGGCAACCUAGCAAGGCGGCGCAAACGGAGCGUACACAUUUGAAGAAAAAGCUCAAGCGGGUUGCAUCUCGAUCAGCUCUGCAGCCAUCAGGGAUGGCGGCUGCUCGCGCUUUGGCUAAGAGAUCGCAGAUCGCGGCGAGAACAACCAACCCACCUGAAGAAGAAUUUACAAAUAAGACAGAGCUUGUAUUUGAUGAUUCUAUCAGUCACCACGAAAUCACCGCGAAAGCUGCGGCAACCGAAAAAACGACCGACACGGAGAAGUCGGUAGAGAGACACGAAGUAGCAGAAUCAUCAACUGCGAAAGCAUCCACGCUGUCGAAACCCACCAAAAGACAACCACAGACAGUUCUUGCAGACGGCACCUCAGUAUGUAAUACUGAUCAAGCUGAAACCGGAUCACAGGCCCCCGAUACCGCUUCCAGCGACAGAGGAGCACCCACUCCAUCCAGCGUUGCUACGAAUGGCACUGAAAAUAACGCCGACCGUCAGACCCACGACUCCGAAGUUUCUGUUACUGGUUCCGCUAAGGGAACAAUAAGCGACGAGGAAAUAGCACGGCUAGAUGUACAGGCAAAGGAAAUGUUGCAAAUGACCAAGAUGCUGCAUUCAGCAGCACUCAAGAUUGAAGAAGCAGGGGCCGAGAUGACAGAACAAGACAAGAGUGAGAUUAGUGCUCUAAGAACACUACGCGUUCGGAUUUUAGACAGGCGCUCACUUAUCCUCCGAGACGUUCGUCGAUCACAGAGAGCGUCAGAUAUCGAACGCUCAUAAUGCAUUCAGUACCUUUCCUCG